GUUUCAUCAGAAAAGAUUCGGAUUUCUAUUUCUACGCGACGAAUCGUCCUCGAUUCCUCCUCUUCUGUUAUCUUCUCUUUUUGUCCCUUUCUUGGAUCCCAAGCCAACGAUCGAAAACCAGGUCGGAGCGCAAGAAGAUGGGGAUUGCCGAUCGCGGGCAGCGCUUCCGCCAUGAGUACGUCCGCGCUCUCGAGGAGGAGCGCAAGAAGAUCGAGGUCUUCCAGAGAGAGCUGCCGCUUUCCCUUCAACUCAUCACGCAAGCGAUCGAAAGCUCGGAGUGGCAGAUGUGUGAGGAGGAGAGGUCGGUGAGUGGUAACGAGCCGGUAUUGGCAGAGUUCAUUCCGCUGAAGCCGAGUUUAGCGUCGACGGUGGAGGAGGACGUGGAGAUAUGUGAGCCGGCGGCGAUCGGGUUUGAUGCGAAGCCGGACUGGCUUAGAUCUGUCCAGCUAUGGAAUCAGUGCGCGGAUACUGGCACCAAAGUGGAACCGCCAGAGAGGCCCAUAGGCAUAGCAGUAGGCGUGAAGAGGAUGGGCAGCGCUUUCCAGCCUUUUGAGCGAGAGAAGCACGCUGCCCCACCGCCGCUGGUGUCGGCAUCGGCGGCCUCUAGUUCCAACACUAGCGGUAGUGGUAGCGGCGGCGGAGGUGAUGGUAACGGUAGAUGCGGAGGAGACAAGAAGAAGGAAGGGCAAUCUCAGACCAAUCAAAAAGUCAGACGCCGCUGGUCGCCGGAGCUGCACCGCUGCUUCCUCGACGCUGUUCAACUGCUCGGCGGCAUCCAUGUUGCAACCCCGAAGCAGAUCAGAGAGCUGAUGAAUGUGGAUGGGCUCACCAACGACGAGGUCAAGAGCCAUUUGCAGAAAUACCGACUAAACAAUAGACGACCAGGCACGGCAGCUCAGAGCACCAGCAGCGCCCUGGCGCCACAGAUUGUGUUGGUCGGUGGAAUUUUGGUCCCACCGCCACCGGAGUUAGCGGCGGCGAGAUUCUCAUCGGAUUUGAUUUCUCCAAAGCAGCGGCAGCAACAAGCCGAGCAAUUACUGCCCGGAUCAUGCAGUAGAGAUGGUGAGAGUGGUGAUGAUGAUGAAGUCACCUACUCUGAGUCCCUUACCAGCUGUGGAAUACCAAUUCAUUUAACAUUGGACAAACUAUGAUAAAAUCAGUUUUGGGUUCUAAGCUCAUAUGUGCAUCAUUAAGAAGUAAUGACCAUCCUAGAUUAUCUUAUGGAGGUGAUUUUGACAAUGAACCAUUUUGGAAGACUAUGGUGAAGGAUAUUGCAUGGAGUUUGACAUCUGUAGCAGUAUUCUUAGCUGAACAGCCUAGUCAGAUAAAGUACAUAGAGUGGCCAACAUUUCAAAGCACGCUGAGGACAGCUAUGCUUACCCUUGUUCUUGUGGCUGUGCUCAUUGUUGCUCUAUCUUCUGUUGACUCGUGUCUCUCUUAUAUUUUGGCCUUGCUGCUCAGAAGAGCUGCCUAGUGACAGGUAUAGCAUCUUAUGUUAUGUCAAGCAUUAAACGAUACUAAGAAGAAUUCCAUCCAAACUGAAGUGGAUAGAGAAGAUGUAUAUGAAAAGGAAUCUUCAAAACCUCGAACUUACCUAAGAACGUUCUCUAAUUCCAAGUGGUGAGUUAGCUAUGAAAGUAUAUCUUAAAUGCUACCUAUUGAACAAGGUAGCCUAGUGCACCUGAUGGUUCUAACAAUUGACUGUGGAAUUUUAUUCAUUAUUAUUUUUAUUUAGUUAA